AUGGCGGCGGCCGAGAUUCAGAUAGUAAAUCCUUCUAAUUUAACUAAAAUCGAAAGUUUUCUCAAUGAUCCGAGCUACAAAGAAAUUAUUGAGAACUCCUCGACAUUUAAUUCGCGACUAUGUGCCGAAAGAAGGAUGCGUAUGCCGUUUAUCGACACGCAAACUGGUGUUGCACAGAGCCACUGUAAUUUAUUCAUGACAAGAAGGCAGCGCAUGCCUGGCCAAAGAGAGGGACAAGUGUACACAUAUCCAGCACAGAGAUGGCGAAAAGCUCGUCGCCAGUACCUCACAAUGUCUUCCACUCGUUGGGGCUGGACGGGCGCCUCAGAUUUAGCAGACAAUGCUGGUGAAGGCGAAAACAGCUCUGGAAUACCAGGCGACUCGCUCAACGCUGAUGACAGCAGAGAUGGCUCUCAGACAGCAGCUAAGGAUGAUCCAAAAGAAUGGUUCUAUGAUGAAUUAGCAAUGGAAGAAAUGGAGACAGGCGAAGAGCCAGAUCCAGAGUCCGACGAAGAUUACUAUGAUGACACAUAUGCGAACAGACGCAAGAGGCGCGGCGGUGCCACACCGACAGGUCCAGGGUCGCGAGGUGGUCGAGUCAGGAAGCAGGUUGAUGAUACCCCACCUAAGCGAGGGAGAGCAGGUCGCGGGCGAGGUAAACGAGCUCAAGGAACUCUGCCGUACGAGGUGCCUGGGGACAGCGAGAAGCCGUUCGGCUGCGAACUAUGCGGAGCCAAGUACAAGACGCGGCCCGGCCUGACGUACCACUUCACGCACACGCACAAGGAGCCGGCGGGCCCGGGCGCCAGCGACGGCGACUCGCGCGACUCGCGGCCCGGCGCGCACACGCCGCCCGCGCACCAGCCCGCCCCUGGGCCGCCCGCCACGGAGUAUCAAGACAGUUAUGUCACCUUUCUGAAUAAUCCUGUUGUUGGGACUGCAGGACUCCCAGCUCCUGCAGCUCGGCGGGCCUCUCCACCUCCGCGGCCCGCCUCAGCCGACACGUCGAGUUCAGACUCGGCGCAUGUGCCGCUGGCUGCGACGACAACUGCGCCCUCGAUGUCUGCGCCGACUCCGUCUAUGAGCGGCGCUCCUAUGGAUCAUAAAGAGCCUGACAACAAGGCUUCACCAUCACCCUACUGCGACUUUUGCCUCGGCGACGAUCGAGAGAACAAGAAGACGGGUACACCGGAGGAACUAGUCAGUUGUUCCGACUGCGGGCGCUCAGGUCACCCAACGUGUCUGCAGUUCACAGUGAACAUGAUAGUGUCGGUGCGCAAGUACCGCUGGCAGUGCAUCGAGUGCAAGUGUUGCUCAGUGUGUGGCACCAGUGACAAUGAUGACCAGCUGUUGUUCUGCGAUGACUGUGACCGCGGCUACCACAUGUACUGCCUGGCGCCGCCGCUCGAUACGCCGCCCGAAGGCUCGUGGUCCUGCGCGCUCUGCAUCAAGGAGUUCCACACGCGACGCUGA